AUGUGCUCCUUCAUAGUCUGGAUGACUUCAGUAUUCAUUUACAGUGUAGAGAUUGAGAAGGUGUGUGUAUACAUUUGGAAGGUCCUGUGUGCAGUGAUUGAUAGUGUGAUAUAAUGUGAUAAAUCUGGGUAAUCCGCUGCUUGCUGGCUGUGCUGUUCUGGCUGUGCUGCUGCUGCUGCUGCUGGUGGAUGAGCUGCUGUGUUCUCCUCGCUGAGGCUCUUUUCAGGCUGGAGAGACCACAGCGCGGUGUGCCCGGCUGCGGUUAGCGUGUAAGCGGAGGGAUAAACACGAUAAUGAUGGAAGUAUCCAGGAGACGGGUGAGGAAUCUGGAGCCGGCGAGGCCUCUGCGCCGUUUAAAUGUAAAUGAAGAUGGGUUGGACCUUCCGGCACUGCAUGAACAUUUUGAGCCAGAGAUGGAGGAAGCAGCUGAGCCGUAUAAGAAUUCAGGGGGGAAGAACUCAGUGAACACUGUUACAGUGGAGCAGUUUUAUGAAAUUCUCAACCUGCACAACCAAAGUCAAGCACCUGCUAAAACAGAAAGAAUAUCAUACAGCAGAGAUUUCCUAAUCAAGUUGGCAAGUUCACCAAUGGCCAAGAAGAAACCAGACUUUCUGCCAGAGCACCCAGUUGUUCUGGAGAAGGCGAGGGAUCAAGAUGUGCACAAGCUGUUUGUGAACAACUUCAGCAAUAAACUGGAUUUAAAAUCCAGUGAUCAGAAUCUGGAGGAAGAGUGGAGAGACACACAGUCCAAACUGCUUGAGGUCUAGUGUGAAGUUUCCACCAAUCAGUAAUGGUUUGGAGAGACAUGUCAUCUGCUGGUGUUGGUCCACUGUGUUCUAUUAUCAAGUCUAAAGUCAGUGCAGUUUUUCGCACAAAAUCUUACAGCACUUCAUGCUUCCGUCUGUUGAAAACUUUUAAUGAAGAUGUGGAUUUCAUUUUCCAGCAGGACUUGGCACACUGCCCACACUGUCAAAAGUAUUAGUUGGUCAUAUAUAAUAUUAUAUAUUUUUAGAGAUACUUACUUUUGGGUUUGUAUUUGCUGUAAGCCAUAGUCGUCAACAAUAAAAGAAAUAAACGCUUAAAAUAGAUCAAUCUGUGUGUAAUACAUCUAUAUGAUAUGAGUUUCACAUUUUGAACUAAAUUACUGAAAUAGUUACUUUUCAAUGAUAUUCUAUUUUUUUGGGAUUGCACCUGUAUCUGAUUUGUCAUUUGACAGAUAUAUAUAAAGACUGUGUAAACAGCGUAAACUAAAUAUUAAAAAGUUUGGGCCACUUUUACCUGCUGUGUAGCCUAACACACUUGCGCCUUGUUAUUUCUGCAGGAUUGCAUAAGUGAGGAUUUGUGAGCAUCAGUGGCUCAGCAGGAUGCUCCAUCAUAAAGAGUUUACAAUAAAAAGAGGGGGAACAAUUUACUAUGACAAAAUUUGCUCUUGUUGGAGUAGACUGUCAUUUGUGUUUGUACAUGUGUGUAAAUGUUUGAACCUCAGUGUCUUUGCGGGGCUUUUGGAGGAAAAAAAAAAAAAAAGCAGUGGUUUGGUUAAAUACAUCCACAGUACACUCGUAAGAGUAUAGAGGAUGUACUUUAUUUGAAGCAUUUAUUUGAAAAUGUAAAAAUAAGAAUUAAAAUAUUUAAUGUUUGGCCUUAUUUGACCUUACUUAUUUGUUUAAAUCCAACAGAUUUGAAUCCCUUGUACAACGGUUUAUGGUUUUUCAUGUGUGAUUCACUUUGUAUGGUACCUACAGUUCUUAGUACGACUAUGCUGCAGUGGGUUGGGCUUGUAACUGUGUUGAAGUGGAAUAGUUAGUAGCAGAGAUUUGAACUGAGGUUUUUUGAAUUGUAGCUGCACUUACUGUGUGCCGUUUGUACUUGGGAGAAUUGCACUAUACAUAGUUUCCUUAAUAUUUGCUAAUAUUUUUUGUAUAGCUCCUGACAUCAGCCUAGAGCGCCUAAAAGCAAGCCUGACUGAUGGUCAGAAGAGCAGUAUAAUAAUAACAAUAAAAAGUAUUAUUAUUUUUAUUUGUAUUAUUAUUAAUAAUAAUAAUUAUAAGCAGUAAAGUGCUAUUGAAAUGUCAUGACUUGCUCUAAACACUCCUGAAUGUUUUGCACUGAGAAUAAGGACAGUACUGUGCAGAAAUAAAGCGGAAGCUUCUGAAAAUGUGACCUCUCGUUUGCCAAAGUCCAUGUAUGCACUACUGAUAUUUUUUUAUUCUUUUAUUUAAAAAAGGGCUUAUUUUUAAGUGCUGAAUUUUGUACCGUUUCCUUCACUGUGUGUUUGUGUGAUUUCAGUCAGGGUCUCGAGUGUGGUACAGUGAUUUUCCCCUGACUAAUAAAAUAAACACUAAAAAACCCAAA